CAUUUUGACAAAGUCAAUUUAAACAAUCCGCUGUGAUGAUGGAUUCGCAAAAUUUUAAAUGAUUGAUACAUUAAAUAAUAACACGAAAUGAUUGUGUUGUAAUGUGAUGUUAUAAUUGAAUAAAAAAUCAUCAUGGAACAGGUCUACGCGCUCGGAGUAUCUUGCAUCGAGUUUGUGCAAUACUGGUUCGAGGACUGGUCGUGGUACUUUGAGCUUGUGAACCAUCUCUCCAAUCCUCAUAACAUGCUGGAAAUACUAUUUCCGUUGAUAUCUAUCUUUGAUUCCGUGUUUGCGUCACAAUUACUGCUAGUUAUGGCUGUUGGCGGUUGGGUGAAUUCCAUUACCAAGUGGAUUCUUCUAGAAGAUCGGCCGUUCUGGUGGGUGAGAGAGACAACAUUCUAUACCUCUCCCCCUCAGCUGUAUCAGACGGAUCAGACCUGUGAGACAGGUCCGGGGAGUCCUUCCGGACAUUCCUGUGCAGCUGCCGAGGUCCUCAUACUAAUCAUUAUGUGGGGACAGCACAUAUUCAAUGACAGGAAAUGGUCACCGUGGUGGAAACAUGCUGUAUAUCCAUUCUUCGCUAUAUCUAUAAUAUCAGUGAUGCUGGCUCGUCUCUAUAUAGCUACACAUUUUCCACACCAAUGUCUGUUGGGUGCUAUGAUCGGUGUAUUUCUAGCUCCAGCGCUAUGUAUCUAUGUAUCUGAUCCGUUCAUCUGGAGAUACGGCUCAUCCACACCUGUCCAGAACACGGUUGUUAAGCAUGUGAUCGUUUCAGUUGUGAUGGGAUCUAUCGGUUUAGGGAUGUACUGGGCGAUGAAAUUUUUUGGGAUAGACCCGCAUUACACUGUACAAUUGGCUUUCCGUUGGUGUAAUUCUCCAUCAUCGAUAGCAGUGUCCACCACACCCUUGUAUUCCUUAGUUCACACAACAGCAGCUAUGCUCAGCUGGUCGCUCUGUGUCACCCCCGCUGUGGACAGAUACCGUCACAACACUACGAACAGGUCGCUGCUGAUAUCGAUAUUCGCGACCGGUUUAUCGAUUUUCGGCUUCAAACAACUGGAGUUGAACAUCACUAGGGCCAACGCGUUCUUCUUCUACAUGUCACAUUUCAUAUUGAACACAGUCAAGCCGGCCAUUUUCUUAGUGUUGAUACCGUCUCUAUCAAUGUGGCCUUACUCUAGCAAAGAGAAAAUUAAUUAGUUCGUAUAUUAAGAUUUAAUAUGCUGUAUUUAUUUAUCACCCUGUGAUACUAGCGGGUAUGCACAAGACACCAAAUAAACUAAUCUA